CACAGCAGGCAGGUCAGGGAUGAAGUUGUGGAGAAGUUUAAAACAGGGUUAGCUUAUAAAAUAAUACCCUAAGUUUUAACCUUUCAUAGAAAAUGGUUCAAUCCAUGAUUUAAAAACCAAUACAUGGCCAAGAAGAGCAUUAUUUCAGAGAAGUUGACAAGAGGGCCACGGUAACUCUGGAGGAGCAACAGAGAGUCACAGCUCAGAAAAUGGACACACGGUUCACUCGAGGAAAGUCCACCAUUCUCGAGCGACCUCUGAGCCGGCCCAAGACUGAAGUAAGCCUGAGCACCUUUGCCUUGCUGUUCUCGGAGAUGGUCCAGUACUGUCAGAGCCGAGUGUACUCUGUGACCGAGCUGCAGACACGCCUUGCAGAAAUGGGCCAGGGUGUUGGAGCCAGCAUGCUGGACGUGCUGGUGCUAAGAGAGAAGAACGGGAAGAGGGAGACCAAAGUGCUAAACAUGCUGCUCUUCAUCAAGGUUAACGUAUGGAAGUCCUUAUUUGGUAAGGAGGCUGACAAGCUGGAGCAAGCCAAUGAUGAUGACAAGACUUACUACAUCAUUGAAAAAGAUCCACUCAUCAACGCGUACAUCUCCGUUCCCAAAGAGAACAGCAGCUUGAACUGUGCAGCCUUCACUGCAGGCAUCGUGGAGGCCAUCCUCACACACAGUGGCUUCCCUGCUAAGGUCACCGCUCACUGGCACAAGGGCACCACGCUGAUGAUAAAGUUUAACGAGUCGGUUAUAGCCAGAGACAAGGCUCUGGAUGGCAGAUAGCUGGGUGGAGAGCUUCAGAGCCAGGAUAUAGUCUGAUCCAGAUGUACAGAGGUCUAAUGGUGAUAACUGACGAGAUCAGAUCAUGUAGAUGGAUGUACCAAGAAACAUGUAAGGGAGAAAAGAAGCAUUUUGUUGGUUUUGUUUAUCAUCUUUAGUGUGUUGUACUUAAUGGCAUUUGUGUUUGCUUUCUGAACCUUAUUAAACACCAAAUAAAUUAUGUUGUAAAUACCUCUUUGUUUAGGUUCCCUUCAUUACUCAUUGCAGAUAUCUUCUAAAUAAUACACUAUAUGUAAUCUCCAGAGACUCAACAAUCCAUCAGCCGGGCAUCAGAAUAGUCAGUUGUCCCUUAAUCAGCCCACGUGAGUGAUUGGCAGGUCAAAUGCUAAGAAAUCUGAUUUAUUUCCUCCUAAUCUUUAAAUACGUUAAAAAAAAAACAAGUUAAAAACUCCCAACAUUUUCAGUCUAAAACUGCAUCAUUCAAAAGGGAGUACUUAAAGUGCAUCAAAAAAAAAAAGGAUCAGCUAUGAGGUAGGAGGCACAUCCCGGUCAAAAGAUCAUCUUGUAAUUCCUCCAGUUUUGUUUUACUGGAUUAUAAACUAAAACCUCUUUUAAAGAAGCUGCAGCAGGUUUCACUUUUAUGUGUUUCAGUCUUUAUGAAAAAAUUUCAGUCACAAUUUGCAGUGUGUAUGUUUAUGUGUGUGUGUGUAUAUAUAUAUAUCACUAAUAUACGUUUGUGAAAUGGUUUGCUGUCAACUCUGGAUCAUGUUAAUAUUUGUAUUACUGUGCGUUAACAGGAAUUAUUUCCUUGUUAAAAGGUUUGUCAGAGUUGACAUCCUCUAAAUAAAAUAUAUUUGAAAAUGA